AUGGCGGGAAAGAGGAGCGUCGAGGAGUUGCCGGAGGAAUGCCUGAGCCACGUCAUCACCUUCACCGGCCCCGGCGACGCCUGCCGCUCGUCGGCCGUCUCCGGGAUGUUCCGCGGCGCGGCGGAUUCCGACCUCGUCUGGGACAGAUUCCUGCCGUCCGAUUACCGGGAAAUCGUCUCACGGUCGGUUUCGCCGGUGGAGUUCUCCUCGAAGAAGGAGCUCUUUGCCAAGCUCUCUUCCUCUCCGCUCCUCAUUGAUGGAGCUACCAAGACGUUUUCAAUUGACAAAUACACAAACAAGAGAUGUUACAUGUUGAGUGCAAAGGAGCUUUCAAUAACUUGGUCCACCAAUCCUCUUUGUUGGUGUUGGAAGCCUAUCCCCAUGUCUAGGUUCCCGGAGGCGAUCGAGCUGAUAUCAGUGUGCAGGCUAGAAAUACUCGGAAAGUUCAACGCACAAAUGUUGUCCCCGAACACGACCUACGGCGCAUACCUCGUUAUCAAACUGAACAACCGUGCUUUCGGACUGAGUGUAAUGCCAUCUGAGGUCUCGGUCGAGGUCGGGAGUUACAAGACCAAUGGGAAAAUUUACGUGACCCAAGACGGAUGUAAAAGGCAAGAGCUCGACGCGCCAAUCGACGAGCGCGUGCCGUGUACACGCGUCGACGGUUGGUUGGAGGUGGAAUUGGGUCAAUUCUACAUUAAUAAUGCAAGUGAUAAUAAUAAUAAUAACAAAGAGGUGAAGAUGGAGUUUAGAGAAGUUAAAAGUGAGCAGCUCAAGGGAGGACUUAUUGUUGAGGGGAUUGAGCUUAGGCCCAAACAUUAA